UUGGCCGAGGAGCAGCAGCAGCAGCACAUGGAACUGGAGAGAUCUGGGCGAGUUGUUUGCAUCCAGCUCCGGCCAGAGCAGAUAAUUUGAGGAAAAUGGAAACAGAUGAGGCUCAAGAUAUGUCCCAAGUUUCUGGGAAAGAAAGUCCUCCAGUAAGUGAUGUUCCAGAUGAUGCUGAUGAGCCCAUGCCUGUACCCGAAGAUCUUUCAACCAGCACAGGAGGACUGCCAAAUUCUAGGACUGAAAGAGUUUUGG